CUGAGACACAGAGCAAGGAGCGCUCCUGAAGGAGACAUCAGCUCGUCCCCUGGGUCCCGGCUGCAGUCCCGGCCAGCAGCUUCGGCUCGGUGGCCCGGGAGGCCGUUUGGAAAGGCAGGGGCUCGAGAAUCAGGGGCGUGAUGCACCGGGAGCUGCCUCCCAACCGCUGCCGCUGCUGCCAGAAGCCACAGCUGAGCUGAGGGAGGCGACGCUGGCUCGGAGUGGCCACGGCUGCAGCCCGGGUACCGGGCAAGGACACUCGCAGCGCAUCUGGGCCAACCCGGUUCCUGCGCCUCCGCUCCCGGCCCGGGGCCCGCCCCCGCGGCCCGGCCUCUCUCCCGAGUCCCAGAUGACCACCGAGGGCGGGCCGCCGCCGCGCCCACAGCCGGCCCCGCUCCGCAGUGCGUGCAGCCCGGCCCCUGGAGCGCUCCAGGCCGCCCUGAUGAGCCCGUCAUCCUCCGCCACCACUCUGGAGACCACCUCGUUGUCCUCGUCCUCGUCCUCCUCCUCCUCCUGCGCCUCCUCCUCCUCUGCCUCCUCUUCCUCCUCCAAUUCGGCCAGCGCCUCCUCGGCUGCCUGCAAGAGCGCUGGCGGCGCGGGCGCCGGGAGCGGGGGCGCCAAGAAGGCAAGCUCUGGGCUCCGGCGGCCGGAGAAGCCCCCUUACUCUUACAUCGCGCUCAUCGUCAUGGCCAUCCAGAGCUCGCCUAGCAAGCGCCUGACGCUCAGCGAGAUCUACCAGUUCCUGCAGGCGCGCUUCCCCUUCUUCCGAGGCGCCUACCAGGGCUGGAAGAACUCCGUGCGCCACAACCUCUCGCUCAACGAGUGCUUCAUCAAGCUGCCCAAGGGUCUCGGGCGGCCUGGCAAGGGUCACUACUGGACCAUCGACCCCGCCAGUGAGUUCAUGUUCGAGGAGGGUUCUUUCCGCCGCCGGCCGCGCGGCUUCAGGCGGAAGUGCCAGGCGCUCAAGCCCAUGUACCACCGCGUGGUGAGUGGCUUGGGCUUCGGGGCCUCACUACUGCCCCAGAGUUUCGACUUCCAGGCACCCCCGUCGGCGCCGCUCGGUUGCCACGGGCAGGGCGGUUAUGGCAGCCUCGACCUGAUGCCUGCGGGCUACGACGCCGGUGCUGGCACCCCGGGCCAUGCACACUCACACCACCACCACCAUCACCACCACGUCCCGCACAUGUCGCCCAACCCGGGCUCCACCUACAUGGCCAGCUGCCCCGUGCCCGCCGGGCCUGGGGGUGUAGGCACGGCUGGGGGCGGCGGCGGUGGGGAUUACGGUCCGGACAGCAGCAGCAGCCCUGUGCCUUCUUCCCCUGCCCUGGCGAGCGCCAUCGAGUGCCACUCUCCCUACACUAGCCCCGGGACGCACUGGAGCUCUCCCGGCGCCUCGCCUUACCUCAAGCAACCAGCCACCCUGACGCCUAGCAGCAACCCCGCGGCCUCGGCAGGCCUACACUCCAGCAUGUCCUCGUACUCACUGGAGCAGAGCUACCUGCACCAGAACGCCCGGGAGGAGCUGUCAGUGGGACUGCCGAGAUACCAGCAUCACUCUACUCCAGUGUGUGACAGAAAAGAUUUCGUCCUCAACUUUAAUGGCAUUUCUUCCUUCCACCCCUCUGCAAGUGGGCCAUAUUAUCACCACCACCAUCACAAUAGUGUAUGUCAGGAUAUUAAGCCCUGUGUCAUGUGAAUAGAGGGAGGGAGGCCAUGCCAGGGCCACUUUGUCCAUGGAGGUGGGAGUGAGGCAGAAUGAACUGACAUGGAAUCACAUAAAAUGCACCCCACAGCAGUCAGUAGCACAUCAGUCACUUAGAAUCCCCAGGCCAGCAUUGUUCACUGACACUUGCCUACCAUUGGUAGAAGGACAGGCCCUGGCAUGGUCGUGCCCUAAAUAAGUCCAGAAGCCAAUGAGGGGGAGAACUAAUUGAGAACUCAAUUUCUUAGCGGGGAUGGUAAAAAGUUACCACAUGAAAAACAUAAACAUGUAACUCUGGGAUCUUCAUUGCCUUCAGUAAUCAGGGUCUGAAAAACGCAGACAAGUUGUUUGUGUGUUUUUCUUUGUCUAUGAAAAUGUAUACGCUUUUCAAAAAGGCAGUGCUAAACACAAGAUUUGAAGAAAGCCACACCUUGUUGCCCAGAUAAGGAGAGAAUUCUGUUUCUCCAAACACUAUGUUUGGAUACAGGUGCCAAAGAACAUUAUUAAGAAAGUAUUUAGAAACAAUAUGUCUAGUUUGAGAACGUGGUUUUCAGUAUUGUGACAAUACAAUUAUUUUUACCAGGUUAUUUUUUACCACCAUAUUUUAAAGAUAUUUUUAUUAUCUCAUGUAUACUCACACUUUGCUUGUAUUUUAAAAGGGGGAUAUAUUUGCACUUAUGUAUACUUUUACAGUUUGCCAAACUAUUUUGAUGUAAAAA